AUGACUUGUUCAUUACUCAAGCGUGCAAAAAUGGCCGACGAGCUAGAAGUAGAAGAGGCUCGUAGGAACUACAAGGAGCGCCGCUGGAGCAUAGUUUUGGCGACUUUUAUCUCGGCAAUCAGCUCAGUGACUUUUGGAUACAGCUUGGGCUACUCUUCUGCAGCAACUACAGCUCUCAAAUGGACGGAGGACAAGAUCAAUAGCACAGAAUUAUCUUUGAAUGAAGACGAAUUAACAUGGUUUGGGUCACUCCUCAACAUUGGAGCAAUGAUAGGAGCGCCCCUGGCUGGAGUUCUAGUUGACAUCGUGGGUCGAAAAAUUGCACUUAUGAUAGCAACCUUUCCCUUUGGUGCAGGAUUUCUUCUUGUUGGACUUGGAAAUUCUCCAGCGAUUUUAAUAUGUGGACGUUUCUUAUCAGGCUUUGGAGUGGGCAUGGGAUCGAUGAUUGUACCAACCUACAUAUCAGAAACAGCCUCCCAGUGCAUGCGAGGGGCCAUGGGAGCUGUCAAUCAACUUGGGAUAGUCAGCGGCAUUUUGCUAUCAUAUAUUGUGGGUUGGGCUACGACUUGGCGUUGGUCUGCAAUUAUUGGUGCCUUCCCUCCAGCUGCUCUUCUCAUUCUUAUGGCUUUCAUGCCUGAGACAGCUCGAUGGUACAUGUCCAAGAAGAGGGAAGAUAAAGCUAGGAAGACUUUACAAUGGUUACGUGGCCCUGAUAUGGACAUCGACUUUGAGAUUGCUGAAAUUAGAGAAAGUUUGGUUUCAAGUGAAKCUCGAGGAAAUUUCUCUAUGAAGGAGUUUGCUAGCCCAAGUCUAUGGCGUCCCUUUGCAAUCAGCAUGGCUUUGCAUUUCUUCCAGCAGUUUAGUGGUAUCAAUGCGGUUAUGUUCUACUGUGCCACGAUAUUUGAGAAAGCAGGAUUUCAAGACAAGAGCACAUUUAUACCAAUUAUCAUUGGGGUUGUUCAGUUUGUAACAUCAGUAAUCUCCCUAUUCAUCAUUGAUCGAGGUGGAAGACGMCUUCUUCUACUUACUGGCUCAAUAAGCAUGUCAAUCAAUCUUGUUAUAGCAGGAAUCUAUUUCUAUCUGACCGURAACAAUUUAGAUGGAGGAAUGGAUUUAUCCUGGAUUGCUGUGGCUACAAUGUGUGUGUAUAUUGUUGCGUUUGCGAGUGGAUGGGGGCCUUGCACRUGGUUAAUGAUGAGUGAGCUGUUCCCCAUACGAGCCAGGGGAAGAGCCAGUGGAAUUGCAACAUUGUUUAAC